AUGUGGAUCACUGGCGGAGGCCACGCCAAAUGGUUCUUCGUUCUGGCCAGAACCGACCCAGACCCAAAAGCUUCGGCUGGCAAAGCCUUCACCGCCUUCAUCGUGGACGGAGACGCGAAGGGUGUGACGAGAGGAAAGAAGGAGAUCAACAUGGGACAAAAGUGUGCCGACACCAGAGCCAUCACCUUUGAAGAUGUUGUAGUACCCGAAGAGAACGUGCUCGGAGCACCUGGAGCCGGCUUCAAGGUUGCUAUGGGAGCUUUCGACACCACAAGACCCGGUGUAGCCGCUGGAGCUGUUGGCCUGGCCUGGAGGGCUUUGGAUGAGGCUUCAAAGUAUUCGCUGGAGAGAAAAACGUUUGGAGCUCCGAUUGCUAUGGUAAGCGUGGAGAGGUUUUCGGUCUUUUGGGGGAAAAUUUGAGUUUUUUGGGGUUUUAAAAAAGUUUUGUCAGUUGAAAAUGUACUAUAAUAUUUUGUUUUGUCUAAACAAGCUAUUAUAAAAGCGGGCGCAAAAUUAAAUGAACGACAUAAUAUUAUCAAUAAACUUAUCAAAACCAAAUUUUCAGCACCAAGGAGUAUCCUUCAUGCUCGCCGACAUGGCCGUCAACCUCGAACUCUCCCGUCUCAUGACCUACAAAGCCGCCAACGAGGUGGACAAGGGCACCCGAUCCUCAUACUACGCCUCAAUCGCAAAACUCUUCGCCGCCGACACCGCCAAUCAGGCCGCAUCGAACGCGGUCCAAAUCUUCGGCGGAAAUGGCUUCAACACCGAAUAUCCAGUCGAAAAACUGAUGCGUGAUGCCAAAAUCUACCAGAUCUACGAAGGCACCUCCCAAAUUCAACGUGUUGUCGUAGCUCGCGAACUCCUACAACGAGUCGCACAGACCGGAACCGCCUCGGUCCUUCAAUAA